AUGAGUCAAAAAUCAUCCACGAAAACUGCUGCUCUCUCCCUUUUUGAAUUUCUUCACAUGGAGAUGGUUGAUUAUGUCAUGAAUGAUCUGGGUCAAAAUUCAAAAGAAAAGGCUUAUUCUGUAGUUGAAAGAAUGGGUUAUAACGUCGGAUUACGAAUUGCUGAAAAAUUGACAAAAGAUAGAACAACCCGAUUCGCUGACGAUCUCGAUAUUAUUAAAUUUAUUUGCAAAGAAUUUUGGUUGGAAGUAUUUAGAAAGCCGAUAGAUAACUUGAAAACAAAUCAUAGAGGAACAUAUGUGCUCAAUGAUAAUCGGUUUCUUUUUUUGACACGAUUUGCAACAUCAAAUUCCGAUGAAACGAACAAUGCUGCCAAAGAUUAUGUUGUGUGUGCCUGUGGCGUUGUUCGUGGAGCUCUCACAGUUCUUGGAAUUGAUGCUUUUGUGACAGCCGAAAUCAAUGCCGUGCCAGUGGUGUUGUUUAAAAUUCAAAAAAAGUAA